AUGCUCAGAAAACGAAAAGAAUGCCUCAGAGGAGGAGCUCAAGGCGCUGUAGCUCCAGGAAUUGCAGAAGCUGUCACCGGCUUCCGCGACAGCGGGCCCACCACGGCGAAGACGAAGGCGGCGACGGACGAGGGCACAAUGCGGGCGAU